UUUCUCGACAUGGCAAAACCUUAUGAGCACAUCAAGAGACCCAUGAACGCUUUCAUGGUUUGGUCCAGGGGCCAAAGGAGAAAGAUGGCUCGGGAGAAUCCGAAGAUGCACAACUCUGAGAUCAGCAAGAGACUGGGCGCGGAGUGGAAGCUGCUGUCCGACCCGGACAAGCGGCCCUACAUCGACGAGGCGAAGCGGCUGCGUGCCCAGCACAUGCAGGAGCACCCGGACUACAAGUACCGGCCCCGGCGCAAGCCCAAGACCUCGCUCCGGAGGGAGCGCUUCGUGCUGUCGCUGCCGGCUCUGCUCGGGGACGCGGCGGAGCACCUGAAGGGCUUCUCCCCGGACUCCUUCCUCCUCCCGGGGGACAAAGCCGGGGCUGCCCUGGCACCCUUCCCGUCCUUCCCGCUGCUGGACCCGGCGGGUCCGCCGUUCAGCCCCGGAGCGGUCCAGCGGGGGCCGGAGCGCGCCCUGGCCGCCGGCGCGCUGCCCUAUGGCGGGCACGGGUUUGGAUACCACCCCGCCGCCGGGGGGUUCGGGGGUCCCGCCUGCGCAGGACAGCACCCCCACCCGGCCCCCUCCAGCCCCGGGUACGUGGUGCCCUGCAGCUGCAGCGCCUGGUCCAGUUUACAGCCGCAGCUGGCCUAUAUUCUGUUCCCCGGAGGGAUGAGCCGGAGCGACGCCUACACCUCCCCGAGCACGGAGGUGUGACACAC